AUUUUAUUUAUCGAAAAAUUCAAGCGACAACUAAAAUAUUAUAAAUAUAUUUUUUAUCCAUUUUUUGACUAAAUCAAACGAGAAAUGACCUCAAUGAUACCCACAUCACGCUAUAAGCCGGUGGUGCGCAUCGGCAAUUGGUUUGAAGACAUUUGCUUGGAGCAGGAAAAGGUGCAAGCCUUCAAAUCACUACGCGAUAGCGGCCAACUUUUGGUGGAGAAGACGCGCAGACUCUUCGACAACUUCCACAAACCCAUCGAAUUGGAGGCGCCCAAAGAGAAUGUCUACUUUGGCGCCAUCGUACAGCUGAUGCCAAUGAAAAUGCACAUCUGUGAAGAGCACGUGAGGGCCAAGCCGGCGCUGUCGGUGAUCAUCAAUGAGCGCGUGGUGCGUCACAGUCAGAAUAUCAAUGAGGAGUGCGAGAUAACCAUUGCGCCGUCGGUGACACCCUGUGUACGCAACUCAUUUCGCAUUGUAAGUGGCGAUGAGAAGGAUCGUACGAAUGAGGUGAUUAAAUAUGGGCAGCAAUUUCGUUUGGAAUGUGUGGAGAGUCAAGAUGAUGUGCUGUUGCUGUAUAGUGCGCCGAAGUCGGCGGAUUUGAAGAGUAUGAUCUAUACGACAUUCGAUUCGAGGAAAUGGGGUGAAAUCAACCUACCACUGGGGUUGUGCAGGAAGAGUAGCUGUGGCCCCGGUAAGGAAAUACCAUCGGCUUUCACAAAAUGGUUUUGCAGACACAUUGAGCCGAAGAAACGUUUCGAGAGUCAUGGUGCGCCAGUUCCCAGCAAUACCGCUCUGGUGAUGACUCACGUGCCAACUAAUAAGAAUCUGGCUGCCGAGAAUGUUGUCGUGCAGACACUUUUUGGACCGGAAUUCCUCGUCUCAGUGCAGAACUACAAGGACAUCUACAAUCGGGAACGUUGGCAAAAUAUUUGGAUGAUUUGCAAUGGGCAGAAUGAGGGAACGCGACCCACGCAGUGAAGAAUUCAAAAAGUAAAUGAAAGCACAAAAACACAAAAAAUUUAUAUUUGGUAAAAAGAAGAAGAAGAAAAUUUAAACAAAA